AUGAGAAAGUGUGAAAUAUGUUUACUACCUGGAUCAGGAAACCAUUUCGGAGUGUUCAGUUGCCGGGCAUGUGCUGCCUUUUUCAGAAGAGGAGCACUCCGAAAAUUCGAAUAUAAAUGUAAAAACAGGAAAUUAGAACAAGAAUGUUUAAUAUUCGAUGCAAUAUCUCAACAAUACCCAUGCAAAAAGUGCCGAAUGGAUAUGUGUCUUAAAUUAGGAAUGAGUGUGAAAAGAUUUCAGUUCGGUAGAGAUUGCAUCGGACCCUCAAAGACAUCCUUAACUUUUCGUCCAAACUAUUUACAUUUUGUGAAAAGGAAUCAGAACAAAAACUUCGUUGAGCUGAAGUUUCUCCUGGAAGAAGGGGAAAAAAUUUUACUCAACCGGAAUCGUAGUAUUUCCACGUCAUCAACUCUUCUGAAACUUUCUCAUGGCAUACUGGCUGUUCGAGAUCUUCCCUCAUUUCAUCGUUAUCGACUUGUCUUGAAAUGGGGUGUCAAUGAAAAGCUGAAAGAUUGGGAGACUUCAUUUCUAACAGUAGCCAACUGGCUCACAUACUUCGACGAAUUUCAAAAACUUCCGAUUUCAUUACGAAUGAAAAUAUUGACUGGAAUGUGGCACUUAUGGGUCUUAUUUGACAAACUUGCUCUGAAUUUUAUGGCGAGGAAACACAAGUUCGGUUCGAAAGAUAUAUUGGUUGCUGGAUACAACACAUUAUUUAAUUUGAACAAUUUGGAAAUUAACAUGGCUGAUUUUUCCAAUCACCGUGAAGUAAAUGUGGACAAAUUUAUCAGAGCUAUUGACUGGAAUAUGAUCAAUUUCAUAAAACCAUUGCUUGAACUCACAUUCAUGAUCUCUCAGUUCUGUUUCAAUUAUGUUGGAAAACGAUUUCAAGGAACAAUAGUGGAAAUCUCUGAUAGUUUUCAAGAAAUCUUGGCAAACAAUUUACACGAUUACUACAUGAAUGGGCAGAACAUUGUGAGAUAUUCAGGAAGACUUGCACAACUGAUGAAGUUUGUUAAAAGUUUGGAGAAUGACAUUCUGGAAAAGCAGAGAAAAGUUGAAGUUGGAGAAGUGUUUGAUGUCUGGAAGGUGGAGUUUUCUCAUCCGGAAGUUUUCAAAGAUAAUUUGAGUUGA